CCUGGUGGCCCGUGACCCGGAAGAUCUUCGUGCAACAUGGCGGCGCCCAGGGGCAAGACAUAACCGGCCCGGAUUCCGCGGCCGUCCGCGUGAGUAGGUGGUUGUCCCACAGGCAAAGGCAUGAGCUGGGCCCAAGCCGUUCUGCUGGCCCGGGGCCUUUCUCGGGGCUGGGGAGGCAUCUGCAGCACCGCCCUCACAGGAGCCCCCUUCUCUCAGGUGCCACUCCAGGCAGCACACGGCCUUCACUGCAGCACAGCCAUGCACACCCUUGACUCAUCGCUGGUCCCGCACCCACCCAAGCCCCCGAGGAGGCCCAUCAAGGCCCUGGCACUCCACGAGGAGCUGUUUAGGAAGGCACCAGAUGGGACACGGGAGAAGGCGAGCUUUGUGCAGGCCAUACAGGACUUUGCGCAGUACAACGUGCACAAGAGGGGCCACGUCGACUUCAUCUACCUGGCCCUGCGCAAGAUGCGGGAGUAUGGCGUCGAGCGGGACCUGGCUGUCUAUAACCUGCUGCUUGACAUCUUCCCCAAGGAGGUCUUCCGGCCUCGCAGCAUCUUCCAGACCAUCUUCUACCACUACCCACGGCAGCAGGAGUGCGGGAUCGCUGUCCUGGAGCAGAUGGAGAACCACGGGGUGAUGCCCAACAAGGAGACAGAGUUCCUGCUGAUUCAGAUAUUUGGACGCAAAAGCUACCCCAUGCUCAAGUAUGUGCGCAUGAAGCUGUGGUUCACCCGCUUCAGAAACAUCAACCCCUUCCCUCUGCCCCGGGACCUUCCUCAGGACCCCGUGGACCUGGCCAGGUUGGCCUUGCGGCACAUGGAGCCCGACCUCAGCGCUAGGGUCACCGUCUACCAGAUGUCUUUGCCUGAAGACUCCAAAGAUGCAGUGGAUCCCACAGAGCCACACAUUGUAGGAAUCCAGAGUCCUGAUCAGCAGGCCGCCCUGGCCUGCCACGACCCAGCCCGGCCUAUCUUCGUCGAGGGCCCCUUCUCCUUGUGGCUUCGAGACAAAUGUGUCUAUUACCACAUCCUCAGAGCUGACCUGCUGCCCCCUGAGGAGAGGAAAGUGGAGGAGAUUCCAGAGGAGUGGAGCCUCUACUACCCGAUGCAGCUAGACCUGGCCUACGAGAGGAGCGGCUGGGAUGACUACAAGUUUAACAUCAAUGAAGUGGAGGAAGGCCCUGUCUUCGCCAUAUGCAUGGCGGGUGCCCAUGACCAGGCCACACUGGCCAAGUGGAUCCAGGGUCUGCAGGAGACCAACCCAGCCCUGGCCCGGAUCCCGGUGGUCUUCCGCCUGGCAGGGUCCUCUGGGGAGCUUCUGGCGUCCUCCUCAGGGCCGGAAGUGUCCUCCCCACCCCCAUCGGAGGGCCAGGAAGAGGAGGACGACAAUCAGCAGAGACAGCAGCAGGGCCAGAGCUGAGCCUGAGCGGUCAUAGGUGCACAAGCUGUGGACCGGUGUGAAGGGGUGAGGUAACCUUUGAGUGUACAGCAAAUAAAUAAAAGUUUUCCGGCUUGGG